AUGGAUAAUAAAAUCGAAGCACCAAUAUUUACAUUUGAAAGUAUUGUUAUUCAACAGAUUCAAGGUGUACAUUCUGGUCGAUGGUCAAUGGAAAAAACAAUUUAUGAUAAAUUAAAUCUAACAACUGAUUUACCUAAUACUGAUCAUAAAACAUAUUUAGAUACAAUUAUAAAAGAUUAUUGUAUGAAAAGAGUAUGGACCGAUUCAUCAAAAAUAAAACAUAUAUCACAUUUAUUUCCAUCACCUAAUCAAAUUCUUAAUAAUCAACUUAAUUCCAAUAGUAAUCAAGAUUUACUUCAAUCAAUAAAACCAUUUAAUGAAUUAGCUGCUUAUUAUGCUCAAACGGCAAUUAAAGAUCCUGAUUUAAAUCAACAACAUCAUCCAUUAUUAAAUGCAUGUUGUUCUCUUGCUUCAACUUUACAUUCGGAACAAGUAACAUGGCAUUCAACACAACUUCGUCUUAUUCAAUUAAUUGAACGUUUUCCUCGUUUAAAACCAUUUUUAAUAAUAUUAAAUAAAUAUGGUUUACAUUUAAAAGAUAUUCUUAAUGGAGAAAAAAAUGGUUUAGAUAUAUUUGUUGAUGAUGAUGAGAUUAAACAAAUUUUUCAUUCUAUUUGUCAAUAUUUACAUUUACAUGAUUGUUCGGAUAUUUUACCUAUUCUUGAUCUUCUUCUUAAUUUAUCACAACAAACAGGUUUAUUAAUUGAUUUACAUUAUGCAGAUUCUGAUCCAACACAACUUGCAAAUGCUCAACAAACAUUUAAUACACAUAUAACUAAUCAAACAAAUUUAUCUAUUAUUUAUGAUGAAACAAUUGAUUUAUAUGAUGGUAAAACACUUGAAAAAAUACCAAUAGAAUCAUUUGAUAUUAUAUUUUCUGCAAAUCAACUUCUAGGAAAUCAAGAUUUAACAAAUUCUUUAAUUGAUCUUCGUCGCUUACUUGUUCCUAAUGGUCUUCUUUUAUUACUUGAAUUAGUUCAUGUUCCUCUUUAUUUUCAUCUUAUUUUUUGUUUUUUUGAUCAAUGGUGGUCAUCUGAUAAUAAUAAUACUCGAUCUAAUAUUAUUGAAUCAACAAUAAAUGAAAAUGAAAGUACAUUAAUUAUUAGUCAAAAACCCACAUCAAAUGAAAUAUUACAAAGACUUGAUGAACGAAUAAAUCAAACAUGGUUAAUAUUUACUAGAAAUGAUAAUAAUAAUACUCUAUCAUUAUUAUUACCAUGUUCAAAUAUUGAAAUUUUUGAUAUUCGUCAUUCAACUUUAGAUACUAUUUGUUUUGGAAUAUCAGUUCUAUUAACUACUUAUAAACAAGUAUCUAUUAUUUUUGCAUGGCAACUUGAUCAAGUAUUACUUAAUGAAAAUAAUCAUGAUUUAGUAUUUAAACAAAAUGAAGAACUUAUAUGUGGAACAUUUUCACGUAUUCUUCAAAUAAUUCAAAAAUCAUCACCAUAUUUUCAUCCAUUUGUAUAUGUUCUUACAGAUCAUGCUCAAUUUAAUAAUGAUUCGAAUCUUAAUAUAAUUGCACCAACUUUUAUUGAAUAUAUGAUUAAUUUAAGAUAUUCAACUGAUACUUGUGAAGUUGUUCUUCGUCUUAAUGAUACAAAUCAAAAUCAAGUUCAACAUUUAACAUGGCAUUAUGAAAUGUUACAAAAUAAUGAUGAUGAUAAAGAAGAGAAAUCUAAAUACGAACAAAUAUCUAUUAUACCUAAACGAGAUGUUGAUCAAAAACCAUUUCGACUUUGUGUACCACCAUCUCGUUUUCUUUCUCAAUUAACAUGGAUCGAAAAAAAUAGAGAAAAAGAAUUAUCACCAUUAGAUAUGGUAGACUGA